AGCCUGAGCGCGCUUGCAGUAAUUGAGCAACGAGCUCGAUCGACAGAUUGCUCAAGGAUUGAUUUUGCUUGAUGUCUGGAUGGCAGGACAGCUGGAGUGAGGUGCGAGGAUGUAGGUAGCAAAGAGGCAGCAUCUGGCAGUAUCCCUGGGAUGGUCAUAAAAUGACCUCGACGGAGUUCGCGCUAAUCCUCCAAUUACAUACAGUAGGGCCCCCUUUUGCAUAGAGGAUGUCUCAAAGGAGACAUGAUCCUCGAACUAUACCAACAUUGGUGCCAGGAGACGCCAACCUUGACAGAUCGUAACCAAAACGCCUGACGUUGAUAUCCGGAAUUUGAGUCCUCGUUUUAUAUACCCCACGGUCUCGGGCCCUGGUCCUAACACGUUCAGACCUGUCGAUACCCACAGGAUGGCGGUCGCCAAAUUCCUCUCGCUCCUGGAAUGAGCGAGCUCAAAUCUCCCAGGCCUUACUCGACACCAUGAUUCCUCUAUAUGAUGCGACUAGCGGGCGACUUAAUAAUCUUACCUAUGGCCAAAAUGGGCACAUGCUCUCUUCCAUUGCAUUGCAUGAUUUAAUCGCCGGAAAUCAAGACAACAAUCUCGACUUCGGAUGUAUUAGGUGUCCUGAUGUCGCCAGCGAAACACUGUCGUGGGCUCUUGCGGCGAUAAAUGCAUAUCGUGCAUACGGGAGAGACUUAUUCCUGAGUACCGCGACUGCCGUGUGGAACCAGAUCAAUGACGGGUGUGUCAUUACAGCAGAUGACGCGACAAAGGGAUCGCAUCCUAUCAAGAAUGUCACAUUGCCGGCGCGAUGCAAUGGAACAUCAGUUGUAGGCGGCGUUUUCCUGUAUGGAACGAACCCGAUGAACUUGUGGGUUAAUGUCGACACGAUUGGGGCUUUCAUGACCCUAUCAUCACUCCUUUUCGAAGCAACAAGCAAUGGCACUUACUCGAACAGUGCCGGACAAUCAUUUCAAUUCAUUCGUUCACAUCUUUACGAUGGCAACAUAAUACGCGAUCGCAUUGACCUCGCUACAUGCACGCAGAUCGACUUGCAGUCGUCCAACUCUGGCUUUGUUAUUGAGGGGCUUAGUGUGUACGUGAAUACGACCAGCAACGGCCCCGCGUCUGACCUCCUGAAGAACCUGAUACCUUCGGCGAUGAAGUUCGCACAGUGGACCGGGUCGGAUGGUAUUGUUUUUGAAACCAAUGGUGCAACCGAGACGGCGAAUAAAGGCACUUAUAUUCGCGGGUUACAUGAAGCCUGGUCACGAUUGGAUAAGAAUUCCGACCCAGCCAAACUCAUUCAAAGCUACAUUCUCGUUCAGUACAAUGCAUUGCUUGAUCUUGCGAAAUCACCAAAUGACAACUUUUAUUCACCGGGUUGGGAAGGUCCACAAGCGACUCAAUUGCUUCCAUCGGGUCAAUAUUUUGCCGCAAGUGUCCUGAACUCUGCGCUUGCCAUGACAGACAAUGACACGGCGACAGGCAGCAGCACAGACAGCACAUCCUCAACUAAUUCUGCGCCGCCUUCGGAGACCUCCGCAUUACAAUCUCACCAUGUCAGUACUGGUGUAAUCGUGGGCGCAACAAUUGGCGGUGUCGCAUUCCUCGCUAUAGUGACGGCGCUCCUCGUGUUUCUGUUCUUACAUCGGCGAGACCGGAGAGAUCGUGGUGUGUUCAUCAUUGAUGAAGCGAAAUCCUCCUUGGAUGGACAUUAUGAUACUCUUGUGCCGUGGGAGCCAGUCGCUAUGCAGGCAACUCCUUACCCUUUGACAUCAACUACGCUAGUGUCAAGUUCCCUGUCGCUGAUCAAGGACAGUACAAACUCUAUACCUACCCCAUCGCGGUUGAAUCAUGCAAUGGCUCAAGUCGCUAGUGAUAGCCCUGUUAAUGUACCUUAUAAGAAGUUUCGUCCUGUGGGACAUUAGCUGUAUGACAUAUUUAUAUAACAUACUUGGUAUAUAUCCAUUCUUUGGAAAGUCUUCAGAAUCUUCAAUAACACUGUUUGACUUGAGCGGAGUUUGUAGCAUUCAUUACAGAUGCAUCUCACUCUAUUUCACUAUAUUCUUGUUAUUUUCUGUAUAUAUAAAAGAUAUUGAUUACAAUUAUUUUAUAAAUUCAUCUUGAUAGC